AUGAGCUGGUUCUUCAAACUCAGUUCAGUUUGGAUCGUGCCGCGAUGCAAGAACCAGAUCAUGUCUAAGGGCUCCAAAAAUGUGAUGGAAAGUCUGCCACCCGAUGAAAAGGCAUCGCAAGCCCCCGCGAGAGCCGGAUGGGGACGUCCCCUGGAAUUUAUAUUAGCAUGCCUGGGGUAUGCCGUGGGACUAGGCAAUGUGUGGCGAUUCCCUUACCUCUGCUACAGGAAUGGCGGAGGUGCAUUUUUGAUACCCUUCUUCAUAAUGUUGGUACUAAUUGGACUGCCGAUAUUCUACUUGGAGCUUUAUAUCGGACAGUACAGCGCUUUGGGCCCCAUCAAAGCGUUUAGCUCUAUUGCCCCCUUCUUCGGAGGCCUGGGCUAUUGCACGCUCGUAGUGAUCAGCUUGAUCUUAGUGUAUUACAUGAUCAUAGUCGCUUGGACCAUAUUCUAUACAUUUAUAUCCAUUGGUGGCAACAUGGCUUGGGGAUCUUGUGUAAACGAUUUCAAUACUGAUGCUUGUUACAGCGGUUCGUACGACAAGGAUUGUCGAGUCAACAACACGGGUGCGGCGACAGAUCUCACAUACUACAUGCGGCGGUGUAUGAGCAUCGGCGAGAUAUGCGAGAUGAGCAACUUACAGCCUUACGAUAACUUGCACUGCUGGAACGGCACGCAUACCACUCCUUGGUUCUAUAACGUCAGAAGGGUCCUGGCAUCUGAGGAGUAUUAUAAUGAACGUGUUCUAGGGAGAGGAGGUGCAACAUGGUCAAGUUGGGGUACGAUGCAAUGGCAUUUGGUCGGAUGCCUGUUCUUUUGCUGGGUGGUGGCCUUCCUGUGUAUUAUCAAGGGUGUGCAAUCAGCCGGGAAGGUGGUAUACUUCACGUCGCUUUUCCCCUACGUCAUGUUGACGGCUUUACUCAUCAGAGGGGUCACCUUGGAAGGCGCGGGAGAAGGAAUCCUAUUCUACCUCUUACCUGAUUGGGAGAUCCUGUUAACUGCAAGAGUAUGGGGAGAUGCUGCGUCUCAGAUCUUCUAUUCGUUCGGUGUUGCUUGCGGCUCCUUAAUAACUUUGGCGUCGUACAACAACUUUACCAACAACUGUCAGUUCGACGCCAUAUUCGUCUGUCUCUCCAACUUCGGGACCUCCAUUUAUGCUGGCUUCGCAAUAUUCUCCGUGCUUGGUUUCCAAGCUCAAAUGAUGGGGGUCAGCGUUGACGAUGUGGCUGAGCACGGACCGGGUUUGGCAUUCGUGGCGUACCCCGAAGCGUUGCUUCAGAUGCCAAUACCUCAGUUUUGGUCUAUCUUGUUCUUCUUCAUGCUCUUCAUCCUUGGGCUUGGCUGCCAGUUUGCUGGCAUCGAAGCCAUCAACACUGCCAUUGUGGACCAAUGGCCUCAACUUAGGAAGCGAUACUGGAUGGUGACGGCUGGGACCUGCUUCACGUGUUUCCUUCUGGGAUUGCCUAUGUGCUUCAGCGGCGGAGUAUUUAUGUUAACGCUGCUAGAUAUCAACACCGCCUCCUGGGCUGUACUGUUGAUUGGUAUGGCUGAGUGCGCUGCCGUGUCUUGGAGUUACGGCAUCAACCGAGCCAUAAGUGACUUGGCGUCCAUGAACAUGAAGCUCGGCAUUGUAAUGCGAACGUACUGGAAAGCUACUUGGACGGCCAUUGUGCCUGUUGCUAGCAUGAGUGUCUUAAUAUUCGUGUUCCUAAACUGGACGGCACCGGCCUACGAGGACUACAUAUUUCCCUUAUUUGCCGAGCUGCUUGGAUGGGCUAUUGGACUGUCCACUCUUGUAUUCUUUCCUGUUGGUAUUGGCUGGGCCUUUUAUAAAGGAUACAGUGGCAAAGAUUUGUUCACACCAACACCGCUAUGGAAGCCAGCAGGUAAGAUAGAGCCAACGCCUGACACGAUUCUGACCAACGGUGGGUCGCCCGCUGAAUAUGACAAUAUUGCUUACAUAUCUUGA